UUUUAAUUUUCAAAUCGCUUAUGGCAAAAUUUAUUUUCAGUUGAAUUAAGUAUAUGUUUGUAAAUCUUGUCAUCACCCCUUGACUGAUAGAUGUAUAGGCCACAGAGUUUAAGUGUCUGGUUUUGCUUUUGGUGGUUAUGUGUGUGUGUGUGUGUGUGUGUGUGUGUGUGUGUGUGUGUCUCUUUUCAGACGGGGAGGGUAAUGUCUUCUGUUGGGACGUGUGCACUCCACCCUCAUGGUAAGGCUUGUGGGAAGAUCUGCAUCCCUGCCCAUUACGGUCAUCCUCAUAGCAUCUAGCGCCUCACAGCUCUUAGUGCCCAUAGUGACGUGUGGAGGGUGGAGUGUAUUGCAACCAUUAUCCACCUUCCAUUUGUGUGUUUGAUGUGGCAUUUAUAUUACGUAGGAGUAAUUUUUUUUCUGAUUUUUUUUUUCUUGUGUCACCAGUGCACCUAUUCCAUUCUUCCAUCGCUGUGCUCCUGUGAACAUUUCCUGCUAUGCCAAGUUUGCAGAGGCCCUGAUCACCUUUGUCAGUGACAAUAGUGUCUUACACAGGCUGAUUAGUGGAGUAAUGACCAGCAAAGAAAUUAUAUUGGGACUUUGCUUGUUAUCACUAGUCCUGUCAAUGAUUUUGAUGGUGAUCAUCAGGUACAUAUCAAGAGUGCUUGUCUGGAUUGUCACAAUUCUGGUCAUACUGGGGUCACUUGGCGGCACCGGUGUUCUGUGGUGGUUGUAUGCUAAGCAAAGACGAUCUCCCAAAGAAAUGGUUCUCCCUGAGCAACUCCAGAUAGCGGAAGACAACCUUCGAGCCCUGCUUAUCUAUGCCAUUUCAGCGACAGUCUUCACUGUUAUCCUGUUCCUGAUAAUGUUAGUUAUGCGCAAACGGGUUGCUCUCACCAUUGCCUUGUUCCACGUGGCUGGCAAGGUCUUCAUUCACUUGCCACUUCUAGUCUUCCAACCCUUUUGGACAUUCUUUGCUCUUGUCCUGUUUUGGGUUUACUGGAUCAUGACACUUCUUUUUCUUGGCACAACUGGCAGUGCUGUUCAGAAUGAGCAAGGCUUUGUGGAGUUCAAAGUGUCCGGACCUCUCCAGUACAUGUGGUGGUACCACGCAGUGGGACUGAUUUGGAUCAGUGAGUUCAUUCUGGCUUGUCAGCAGAUGACAGUCGCAGGAGCCGUGGUAACGUACUAUUUCACUAGGGACAAAAGGAACUUGCCAUUUACUCCCAUUUUGGCAUCAGUGAAUCGCCUUAUUCGUUAUCACCUUGGUACUGUGGCAAAGGGAUCGUUCAUUAUCACGUUAGUCAAAAUUCCACGGAUGAUCCUUAUGUAUGUUCACAGUCAGCUCAAAGGGAAGGAAAAUGCCUGUGCUCGAUGCAUGCUGAAAUCUUGCAUUUGUUGCCUUUGGUGUCUUGAAAAGUGCCUAAAUUAUCUAAAUCAGAAUGCAUACACAGCCACAGCUAUCAACAGCACCAACUUCUGCACCUCAGCAAAGGAUGCUUUUGUCAUUCUGGUGGAGAAUGCUUUGCGAGUGGCUGCCAUCAACACAGUGGGGGAUUUUAUGCUCUUCCUAGGCAAGGUGCUGAUAGUCUGCAGCACUGGUCUGGCUGGGAUCAUGCUGCUCAACUACCAGCAAGAUUACACAGUCUGGGUGCUGCCUCUGAUCAUCGUCUGCCUCUUCGCUUUCCUGGUCGCUCAUUGCUUCCUGUCCAUUUAUGAAAUGGUGGUGGAUGUGUUAUUCUUGUGUUUCGCCAUUGAUACAAAAUACAAUGAUGGGAGCCCUGGCAGAGAAUUCUACAUGGACAAAGUGCUGAUGGAGUUUGUGGAAAACAGUAGGAAAGCAAUGAAAGAAGCUGGUAAGGGAGGCGCUGCUGAUGCCAGAGAACUAAAACCGAUGCUGAGGAAAAGGUGACUGGUCUCCUGAGCCCGGAAGAAUGGACUCUGAGGAGGUUGUUUACACUCGGUUCUCCCACUCACCAGCUGUUGAGAAUCUGUGGAUGAAAGAGCAGGAUCUUAUUACUUCAAUGGGAGCCUGAGAGAAGGUUCUCAAACCACUAACAGCCAGGCGGGUUUGGUAGAGUGGGACUGCCUAACAAAUAAUUAGUCAGAAGCAUUUGAUA